GAUCAGUAGGCAGAACGAGGCGGAACCGUGAACCGUCCCCCAGUUCCCCCAUUUGAGGCUCCCAGACUCUCUGUCCAGUUCACCGGAAAACAACCAGCUAGUCUGAGCAGCAUAAAGCCAGAGGAGCAUCUCAUCUACAGCUACUUCUGCAGGCUUAGAGGCAGCCCUGACAUCAUCCGGCAUUCAAGGAGGUUUUGAGUUGUUUCAACAUGGCAUCUUUAAAAAAUGUGCUUUACCUGGGAGUCUGUUUGUCUGCUUGGACCGUCACUACUGCAGAAAAACAAAUCCAGGAAAGAAGAUCACAAAGAUCCAAAUGAAUGUUGUGUUUCCAAAGAUGAGAACGUUUUGCCGAAAGCAGAGAACGUGCGCUGGGUGUCUGUGGACUUUAAAAUCAUCGUCACCUGGACUGUCAAGCCUUCUGCUUACAAAUACACUGUGUCGUACUAUAGUGAGGGCAUGGACUGGAAUCAGAGUCCACAAUGCUUUGCAAUGUCACAUUCAGAAUGUGAUCUGACCAACGAGCUGCGGCCCUGGGACAGGACCUACAUUGUAAAGAUCCAAACAGAGCCUGAUAUUGAUGACUAUGAUAAUAACCAUGACGUGGGGGGGUUCCCUUACACUGAAUCCACUCCCUUCAACCCCUAUAGAGACACUAACAUCAGUGCAGCGAAUUUCACCAUAAAGGCCGUGGAUGAGAGCACCGUUCUUGUCAACAUCACAGACCUUCUGAGUGCUUUUCAUGACGGCAAGAAGCAGUUCACCCUCAGAGACAUUUUCAAGAAUGACCUCAAGUAUAAGAUCAGCUACCAUCAGUUUGGAAACACAGGCAAGAGAGACAUCAUAUCUGACUCCAGUACAGCAGAGGUGUCAAAGCUGGAUGCAGGACAGAGAUACUGCUUCAUGGUGGCAGCUUUCAUCUCCUCCAGACCGAAAAGCACCCAGCGGGGAGCCUGGAGCAUCCAGCAGUGUACUCCCGAAGAGAGCAGCAUCCUGCAAGAGCUAACCCUUGGAGCGUGGGUCUGUGCAGUCUUCAUCCUGCUCACAGUCCUCGCCAUCGUCAUUACGGUGACCUUCCUCUGCUGCAGAUGCUACAGACAAAAAAACACAUCUCAGUCAUCAGCACCUGUGUAGUGUGUGUGCAUAUGUGACUGUGACUGUGUGUGUGUGAGUGUGUGAUUGUCUUACAAAGGAGCUGGUUUCUCUACUCUGGCCUUUCUGUUUGUAAUAAACCUGGUUUUACGUGGU